AUGGCCGCCGUCCAAACGGACAAACCAACCUCCAGCGCUGCUGCCAGGGGCGACGACGUGGAUUUCAUCUUGCAAGACAUGGAGAAGUUGGGCCAUCGGAUGCUAUCCAUGUUACAUUCCCUGAAAACAUCCAACGGCCACAUAUUUGCUCCCUCCAUAUGCUCCUACCAGGCCAGGGAGCUCUGUUGCACAACGUCCAGGUUAGACAGGGUCAUCUCCAAGGAAUUCCCCAUUGAUGAGCACGACCAUGAGCGCAACCCGCGGCUUGUGGAGAAGGAGGAGGAGAGAUUUCUAAAUAUUUUCAACAAGUACUAUGAGUUUCCUGAGCAUUACGACAAGGAGCUGGCGCGGCUAGUUGUUGCACAAGAAGAGGAUGCGCAGGAGGAGUAUCCCGAGGAGGUUGGGAUGACGUUCGACGACCUCGUGAAGAAGGAGGAGGAGGAGCAGGCGCGGCUGGAUAAAUCCUCAAUGGAGUACCUCAAAAAGAGGAUGGAAUCCGAGCGGAUAGACUUGGCCUAUGAACGCAGAUUCUGGGAAAAUUCAUGGGGCAGCAAGACCGGAAGGUGCGGUGGCUUCGGAGAUACAAGUAAAUUGAGUCCUAUGUACUUUACACACUACACACCCGGUGUCAUCCCAUCCCCAGCUGCUGUUGCCGCUACCACCUUGCAGGUCUACUCCAUCAAAAUAACGGUUCCGAAAGACUUCAACUGGCCACUCAGAGCGUACGGCACGGUCGCUGCUCGAGACACCGUGGAUCGCAACCGCAACAUUCUCUUCUCUCGAUCAAGGUCUAAGUACCAAGAACUCACCCAAGAAGAUUGUUCUUUAUGCUUGACUGGUCCGUCUCGUGCGAUUGUUGCUAUGGACCCUGUUGACUUUGAAGUUGCACUCACGGUUGAGGGGGUGGACAAAUAUAGCGUGUCGAUCACCCGUGACCACCGCGUUGAAGAUGGUACCACUUUCUCGCUCUCCAGUGACCGUUGUGUCGCAGAGUUCAACAUUCAGCAGCUCGAUAGAUCGCUCCAGGCUACUAUCUUGGGUGUGCGCGUGACAAAAGGACGGUGGCCUUUCAAAUGUGGAUGCCGAGUUGUCUGCUCCUGGUCUCCCUUGGCUGCAACAGAGGACAUUCGUACCACUUACAGGCAAGUUGUGUUGCUUGACCACUGUGGUAAAGGAAUGCCUAUAGGAUCAGACGACUACGACCUUCAUCUCUCGAGGAAAGUGGUUUCAGUGGAAUCACAUGGAACGCUGAGAGUGGCCAUCCAAGCAUAUGGGAAGUCGCGUCACUGGAUUGCUCCAAAGGCUCACAUUGACUUCGAUGUUCAACACUGCCAAAUAAGCAUGCGUGAGUGUUCAGUUGGGGAUGCCACAGUGGAGGUUGCCGUAGCCUGGUCCUUGCUUGUCAAUGAAAAGGCGGACCUCUUCCUCAGUUGA